CUUGUUAGCUGAAUGACCUCCGAAGCUUCUAUGGCAUGUCCUGAGUCCACAAGAACAUUCAAUAUUAUUAUUAGCACCCUAAUCUUGAAUUAAGAAAUUUGAAAAACAAACUUUUAGGCACUUGUGAGUUUUGUGACACCCACCUUUGAAAAGUUCAUUGAUUUCUCUCAUUCUUCUUUUUCAUCCUCUCUCUCCUUUUCCCCUUGUUUUGCUUUUUUUUUUUCCAGGAGGGAGGGAGAGGGGGUGAAUAAUAUUCUAGAGAGAGAAAAUAAAUAAAUGGAAAGCAUAAUCGGUUGGCAAGUAAUUUUUCUAUGUGGAAUAGGAUUGUGGAUUCUGAUUUCUUCCUUUUUUAAUGUUACUCGAAAUCUCAGAUCUCUCACACAGCCAUGGGUAUCGCGACGCGUGAUUUCUGGCAUCCCCAUUAUUCUCAAGAUCCAGAAGUACCAGCAUAGAUAUUUGGAUGCCUUGUUUUCUGGGUUGUCAUGUAUUGUUUCUGUGCCUUUCUACACUGCUUUUCUUCCAUUGCUUUUCUGGACUGGGCAUUGCAAAUUGGCUAGACAAAUGACCCUCUUGAUGGCCUUUUGUGACUAUAUUGGAAACUGUAUAAAGGAUGUGGUGUCAGCACCUAGACCUAGCUCUCCACCCGUGAGAAGAGUAACAGCCACUAAAGACGAGGAGGAAAAUGCAAUGGAAUACGGAUUACCGUCUUCACACACUCUUAAUACUGUUUGCUUGUCCGGGUAUUUGUUGCACUACAUUCUUGCCUAUAAUGGAAGCAGUGACGCCUUUACACAAAUAUUUGGUUUCACAAUGGUUUGUUUGGUUGUGGGUCUCACUGGAUUCGGGAGGAUAUACCUUGGAAUGCACAGCCUGAUCGACAUUAUUGCGGGUCUCGCUUUUGGAUUGGGUAUAUUGGCAAUAUGGCUCUUCGUUUCCGAAGACAUUGAUAAUUUCAUAGUUUCUGGUCAAAACGUUGUGUCAUUCUGGUCUGCCCUUGGCUUCUUGUUACUCUUUGCUUAUCCAACACCUGAAUUUCCAACGCCAAGCUUCGAGUUUCACACAGCUUUUGAUGGUGUUGCCCUGGGAAUUGUGAUCGGGGUCCACCAAACAUAUCACCAGUUCCACCACGAAAACGUAGCACGUGUAUUUUCUCCUCAACUCACAAUAUCUGCAUUGGCUGGCAGAUUACUACUUGGAAUUCCAACGAUUCUCAUUGUGAAAUUUUGUAGCAAAGCUCUAGCCAAAUGGAUUCUUCCCAUUCUUGCAAAUGCAUUGGGAAUCCCAGUACGAUCAACGACCUACGUACCUGCCUUAAACAGCAUUGCUUCAGACAAGAAAUCGGACGAAAUAAAGCAAUCUGGUUAUAUACAGAAACUGUUAUUUUCAUCCGAACAGACGUCAUUCGAUGUUGAUAGUGGCAUAAGGCUAAUUCAGUACGCUGGCCUUGCUUGGUCCGUUGUUGACCUUGUUCCUUCUAUGUUCUCUCACCUAGCCUUGUGAUGCUUUUUAUUUUUUCAAUUAUCGAAGCAUCUUAUUUUUCUCGUGAUUGUGCUGCUAGUCUGGUUAUAGAUGCCUAUUGUAUAGAAUAGGGAUGUAUCUACAUUUUUUGUGACAUAUAUAUAUAUAUAUGAGAUUAGAAUGGAUGCGAUUUGCCAUUCGUAAA